AUCAAGUUCUGCAGCACUUGGCAGCAACGUUGAUAACCCUUUUCUACGCUGAUGGCUGGCGACAGAGAGUAUGUCGACCGUGCCGUUCAAACGGACUCUGCCGUUCCUUUGCCGUCUUCACCGGCCUCUUCACCUUCCAGUGCAGUUGCUAUAUCUCCAGCAGAACUAAGCGCAUAUAUCGACCGAAAUGAUGCACCCUCAUCGCCGGACUUUUAUCCAGUCGGGCGCCGCCUCCACAAGCCUCGUUUACCUUUCAAUGGUCCUUCUCGCGCACCAACUGGCACUGAUCGCGUUGUAUCUCUGCCAGAAACUUCCCCUCCAAGCAGGGUAGACCUUGGCGGAUCUGGUACUCGCGUUGUAUCUCUUACUGAGUGUUCCAAAACCUCUGCCCCAAAGGAAGAUUCCUUUUCCUCCGAAUGCUUUGACACCUCGAUCUCUACCGAUACCUCCGGCACUCACCUUUCUUCAGAAAACAGCUUGCAACACAUUCGAACGCGUAGACUGCGCUACUCUGGUCUUCCGCGAACACCUUCUCCUCCUUCUUCUCCUGAAUCUAUCAUGAUCAUCGGGAACGAUGUACAAGUUCCCGUAUCUUUUCUACACCAAAAAUCUGAGUCGCAGCCCACCUUUGAAGAAAACGAAGGAUGGUUAACGUGGACAAACUCUCCUCCCAGACCGAUACCAGCAUUACACGGUCCACUCUCAUUGCCCUACGCUCGUUGCCCAUCUGGUGCGGAAGGCACUAUCGUGGAAGGAGAGGAUAUGUCUCGAAUGAUCUGGGGACUUGGUACCGAUGCUGCUCUUGCUAGUGAUCCUCGACCGCAUCCGUCUAACGACGAAGAAAGAAAGUCUGCCUAUCUUCCUUCAAAUCUCACGCAAUCACAGCGGCUUAAAACUCAAGUGCCUCAACAUACUGUGCGACACGACUCUCAGUCUUUGCCCAUUCUUUCGACUCUGGCUCCUUCGAAACAUAAUGUGUCUACGUUGCAGUCCCAACAGGUCAAUUCGUCCUUUGUUUCAAAUCGACACAAUCUACGCACAAGCCACAGCAAUUCAAGAUACGAACGACACUCGAACUUCGAGUCAACAAGGGCAUCUUUCUCAGAGACUCUGCAGGACUGUUCAGCCGCCGACGACCGCCUCAUUGGGCUUGGAAUUCAGUGGCCGGCGAAUUCUGCCGCAAAAGACACAAAGCAUUCAUAUAACUCUGCCUCCUCUUUCUCUCAUAUCAAUUCGAUUCUUCCUCAGUCUGGCCCUCGCAUCUUCGUUGAAUCCCGCACAAACCCGCAAUUAACUUCGCAAGUCAUUAUUCCGACUGGACCUCGUAUGUCUGCCAUUGAUAUCGCUCAUCAGUACCGUGUCAAGCAACUGCAAUGCGCCCUACCUACUCCACCAAAUUCUUCUGAACCACAAUGGUCUCCCUACUUCUCUGCGAACUCCAAUGACAUACUUUACAAUGAUUAUGACCCUCCUAUGCCAUUCGAUCGGUUCCAGAGACCUGUUCUUGAGGUCAGGAACCCGGAUGCAGAGCUGCGGAGGUUUGUUAUCGAGCGCAUGAAUAACCCUGAUAUUUUCAUCGACGAUCCUCCCGUUUUUCCCGUGCGUUCGUCUCGACCGACAAUUCAUAGACCUAUGUAUUCCCGGGACUCCCAAGGUUUCUUUGAGAUGUCCCCGCCCCCUCCUGGGCCACCUCCCAACAGCCCGCUGCCGCCAACACCAUCUGCAUAUGCUUCCAAGCCCAGUCGCAAUACUUCCAUGCCUCCUUCUCCUACUUCGCCCGAAUUUCAGAAUCACUUCCGCACUAUAUCCCGACAGCCGCGCUCAAUCCCUCUAGCGCGUCUCAUUCAACGCCGACUCUCAGCCGUUCCAGAAGAAGACGUAGAAGGAUUCCUGGAACCGGCUACGCCUUUUUCUUCUAUGUUAAGAGAUAUCAACUCGCACUCGUCGCCGACAGCACCCUUGCGCCGUAAAGUUGAUAGAUCACCCAGCCCCCAAAAAGCUGGAAGAUCGGGUCCUCGUUCUGAUCCGUCUGUUCUGGGUGCAAAGCAGCGAUUCGCACCGGCAUUUAACAGCUCAACAGAUCACCGAAAGAGCAGACAUGUCUUUAGAGGCGACAAGGAAAAUGGGACGGAGGAAACGGUAGUCAAAAAGGGAAGGAACAAAAGCAAGAAGUUUGUGAAUUAG